CAUCAGAGAGUCCAAAACAUCGUCCAGCUUACAACACAUAACAAAACAAAACACUCUCUCGCCUCUCCUCCUCUCUCUCUCGAUCUCUCUUUCAAAUUCUUCAGAUCUCAACGUCGUCACCAGAAUCUUCGCCGGAGAUAAAGAUACGAGAAACCAUCUCCGUGAUGAUUCCUUACGCCACAGUCGAAGAAGCAUCCGUCGCACUCGGGCGAAACCUCACUCGUCUCGAAACUCUCUGGUUCGAUUACUCCGCCACGAAAUCAGAUUACUAUCUCUACUGCCACAAUAUUUUGUUCUUGUUCGUCGUCUUCUCUCUCGUCCCUAUCCCUCUCGUAUUCGUCGAAUUGGCUCGAUCCGCUUCUGGUUUGUUCAAUCGGUAUAAGAUCCAGCCUAAGGUUAAUUACUCUUUCUCCGAUAUGUUCAAAUGUUACAAAGACGUCAUGAAGAUGUUCAUCCUCGUCGUUGGUCCCUUACAACUCGUUUCUUAUCCUUCGAUUCAGAUGAUUGAGAUUAGAUCCGGAUUACCAUUACCAACAACAUCAGAGAUUCUAGCACAGUUAGUAGUCUACUUCUUAAUUGAAGACUACACUAACUACUGGGUGCAUAGGUUCUUUCAUAGUAAAUGGGGAUAUGAAAAGAUUCAUCAUGUACAUCAUGAAUACACUGCUCCAAUUGGGUAUGCUGCACCUUAUGCACAUUGGGCUGAAGUGUUGCUUCUUGGGAUACCUACGUUUUUGGGACCAGCUAUUGCUCCUGGUCAUAUGAUUACCUUUUGGUUGUGGAUUGCUUUAAGACAAAUUGAGGCUAUUGAGACUCACAGUGGAUAUGAUUUCCCAUGGAGUCCAACAAAAUACAUUCCUUUCUAUGGUGGUGCUGAGUACCAUGAUUAUCAUCACUACGUUGGAGGACAGAGCCAAAGCAACUUUGCUUCAGUUUUCACUUACUGUGAUUACAUAUAUGGAACCGACAAGGGUUACCGAUUCCAAAAGAAGCUUCUUGAGCAGAUCAAGGAGUCUUCUAAGAAGAGUAACAAGCAUAACGGAGGAAUCAAAUCGGAUUAGUAAAAAACCGAGGAAGAAGAUUUUAAACCCAUAAAAGAAAAUUCAAAGCAUCACUACUACUAAGUAGACUAGUAGAGUCAGCUUCACGAAAAAAAAAAAAAGAAAAAAAAAAGGGAGUGGUUUGAAUUCUCGGGUCUUAUGUCAUCACAGUUGUUUACUAACUACCUAGUUUUUUUCUUGAAAUUCACAUGAAAAAUGCUCUGCUUCCGACAUGUGGGUCAUGGAUGUAUAAGUGGUGGUCGGGACUGGGUUUUGUUCUUUCUGUCAGUUUAUUAAUAUUUUGUUUCGUUGUCUUAAAGUAGAAAGAAGAUGUCAUCAAAGCUAGCCAUGUUUGUUUUCUCAUAUUAUUUCUGUAAGAGAUGAACCUUGUUCGUAUU